CCUUCCCGCGCAACCACAUCCCCCCCGCGAGACUCCUCACCGCCGCUCCUGCACGUCGCAGCGCCUCCUCACUCGCCAGCGCGCGGCCUCAGCGUACCGUUUGCUGCUCGUCUGCAGAGCACAUUCCACCGCUUGGCCUUUUCCGCCUCGCACGCAGCCUCUCUUCGCUCAGCGCCUCCGUCGGCCCUGUUCACAGAGCCGCACCUAGCCCUUCUGCUCCUGUGAGCUCAGCACCUCUCUAUAUCGCCUACCAUGGCGCCGCGUGCCCGUCAGAGCGUCGGAGGCGCUUCGCGCGGCGGUAGGAGAAGCGUAGGCAACGAUACAACUGCGGACCUCUCUGCGGCCGGCCGGCGAAAGGCACGCUUCCGCCCGGGCACAGUCGCGCUGCGCGAGAUCCGCCGCUACCAGAAGUCGACGGACCUGCUCAUCCAGAAGCUGCCCUUCGCGCGCGUCGUGCGCGAGGUCGCCGACGACUUCAUCACCAAUGUGUACGACGGCACCGGCGGCGCGGGCCUGCGCUGGCAGAGCAGCGCGAUCCUGGCGCUGCAGGAGGCCACUGAGGCGUACCUCGUGCACCUGUUCGAAGACGCCAACCUCUGCGCCAUCCACGCCAAGCGUGUCACCAUCAUGCAGCGCGACAUCCAGCUGGCGCGGCGUAUCCGCGGCGUGUGGGGCGGCAUGGGCUGAUCGUGCGGCCACCGCCGCCGCCAGCCUGCUCGUGACCGCUCUCAUGCCUCGCCAUAUCCUGUAUCAUCCCAUCGCCCCGGCCGUAAUCAUCUAGUCACUGUGC